AUGCAGGCACCAAACUACCGGUACGGCUACCCUCCGGCACAGAAGCACCAGCCAGUGGCUGUCUAUCAACGGCCUGUGAGACAACCACCACCGCAACAACAAUCCGCACCAUCAUAUCCUAUCAAGGGAGGAAUGGAAAUUGGAGGCCUUCUCAACGCGAGAAACGCUGCCGCUGCUGACGCUCAUCUACGUCGGCAACUACAGCAUUCAAUGCAUAUGGACGGCGGAGUAGCCUAUGCCAUGAGUCAUUCUCAAGGGGCUCCAAUGCUUCAUCAUCAGCAACAUGCCAUGCAGCAAGCCAAUAGCAUGGGCUAUCCUCCAAUGGGCCAACCUCAGCACAAUGCCCAGCUUUUCAGCAAUAACUUCAUUCCAAGGCAUGAUAGCCAGCAUGCCCUAGCCGACGACAAUUUUGGUGCUAUGCGACCCAAGAGUGAAGGGGCUCCCAAGGCGUUUGCGUGCAGUACUUGCUCUAAAGGAUUCGCAAGACGUAGUGAUCUUGCUCGGCAUGAACGCAUUCAUAGCGGUAUAAGGCCUCAUGCAUGCGAGCAUCCUGGCUGUGGCAAACAAUUUAUACAAAGAUCCGCACUGACGGUCCAUGCAAGAGUUCACACUGGAGAAAAGCCUCACAUGUGUGAGCGUUGUGGCAAGCCGUUUUCCGAUUCCAGUUCACUUGCCAGACACCGAAGAAUUCAUUCUGGCAAACGACCCUACAAAUGUCCAUAUGCCAAUUGUCAGAAGACUUUCACACGGCGGACCACAUUAACCAGGCAUCAGAAUCACCAUACUGGGACAAUCGAGCAAGCGGCUGCCGAGACCAGUGCCAAACUGUCGACUACCCAACCUCAGACACAGUCCAUCUACGGCUCCACGUCGGGCUCAUCGAGAAACUCAACGGCCUCACCCGCGGAUAGAACGCUGUCGGUCUCUCCCAACGCUGAACUUCCCCCCAUGACCAAUGGAAUGCAGCGUCAAGGUUCUGAUUAUGGAUACCUUGCACAAACUCACUCUUUGCCACCCCACAUGCGAUCCGACUAUGCCCAAACUGCUCCUCGGACCACACCUACCAUGAAUGGCCACUCGCUUCAGCACUUUACGAGUGCUCCUCAACAGAGGCCACCAACCACAUCCCAUACUCCCAGCUUUGGCCCACCCCAACCUUUGGAGCCUCCUACCACUGGAACAGGUAGUGGUGGUGCUUCCCCUCAUUUGGGUGCUCUAGGAUGGGUCUCGCCAAGUACUGGCAACUUGCCUGGAUCAACGAAUAUGGACAAUUAUGCUUAUCCAGAGCCCGCAUAUGGUGGACAUAACAUGUACUAUCCUGGAAACAACAUUCGUCGACCUCAAAGUACCGAACCUGAGGACUAUGGUCUACGGUCUCGUCAUCCACACAUGGCUCACCACGUGCCCAUCACAGCUGACUGGAACAUGCCAUUGGCCGUACAGGAUAAUCGGCAAGAAAGAUAUGUCAUGUAA